GCACUCGGGGUCCUGGCGGGCAGCUCGGGGGAGUCGGGAGCUCGGGGGAGUCGGGCAGCGUAAGAUUUUAAGGAAGAAGCCCGAGCCCGAUUCCGCUUCGACCCGCUCGCCUCCCCGCAGUGCCGGGCUCGCGCCUUGAACCGCAGCGCCGGGGCAGGCGGACGGCAGCCGGCGAGGAGGGCCCGGAUUGCGCCCCGGCUGGGCAAUGGGGAGGCGGCGAGAGGCGCCGCGGGGCGUUGCUGGCUGUCCGAGGCGGCCCCGGGCCGGGGGAUUCGGCUUUUCGACCGAGGCUGGCCGGCGGCGGCGGGGAGACAUCGCUUUUCCCUGCCAGGACCUGAUGCGAUCCAUUCAAGCCAACAAGUUUGGAGAAUGUUGAGUUCAAUCAAUUCAGAGCGUCGAGAUGGAGCCCAAUUCAGUCCAGUGGGUCGGCUCGCCGUGCGGCUUGCACGGACCGUACAUUUUCUACAAGGCGUUUCAGCUCCACCUGGACGGCCGAGUGCGGAUCCUCUCCCUCGGCGAUUUUUUCUUUGUGCGGUGCCGGGCCGAAGACCCCAUUUGCAUAGCGGAGCUGCAGCUGCUCUGGGAGGAGCGGACCUCCCGGCAACUUUUAUCCAGCUCCAAACUUUAUUUCCUCCCGGAGGACACGCCGCAGGGCCGAAGGAGCGACCACGGCGAGGAUGAAGUCAUUGCUGCUUCCGAAAAAGUAACUGUGAAGCUUGAGGACUUGGCCCAAUGGGCCCGGACAGAUAUCUCCAAGUGGAAACGUGGCCUCCGGGAUGAAGCCUUCACACCUCUGGAACCGAGGAAAGACGGGCAAAGGGAAGCCCUAAGCAGGUUCCGGCAAUCCACACACAACAGUGGCCUCAAUUUCAAGGAUAUUUUGAAGGAAAAGGCUGACUUGGGUGAGGAGGAAGAAAAUAUCAAUGUGCUGAUCCUCAGCUACCCCCAGUACUGCCGCUAUCGCUCUAUGCGGAAACGAAUCCAGGGCAAGCCAUCUUCAGUGCAAGCAGACCAGUUCGUCUUAGCCCUGGGAGGUGUUGCAGCCAUCAGUCAAAGGUCCCAAAUCCUCUACUGUCGAGACACAUUUGAGCACCCCACACUUGUCGAAAAUGAGAGUGUAUGUGAUGAAUUUGCUCCCAACCUCAAAGGACGACCACGGAAGAAAAAGUCCUGCAACCCACAGAGAAGAGAUUCGUUCAGCGGCAAUAAAGAUUCUCAGAAUAACUGUGAAGGAGGCAAAAGUGUGGCCAAGGUAAAAUGUGAGUCUAGAUUGCCUUUGUCCAAAACCAAAAAUAAUAACAGCAACUGUAAAAAGGGCUCAAAUGAGGAUAAAUCCAAGAUUUCUGUUGGUGAGCAAUGCAGAGCAGGUGAACAGGCCUUCCUGGUGGCCCUUUAUAAAUACAUGAAAGAAAGAAAAACACCCAUUGAACGAAUCCCCUACCUGGGUUUUAAGCAGAUUAACCUUUGGACUAUGUUUCAAGCUGCUCAAAAACUGGGAGGAUAUGAAACAAUCACAGCUCGUCGACAAUGGAAACAUGUUUAUGACGAAUUAGGUGGGAACCCUGGGAGCACCAGCGCAGCCACUUGCACACGCAGACAUUAUGAAAGAUUAAUCCUGCCCUAUGAAAGAUACAUUAAAGGGGAGGAAGACAAGCCAUUGCCUCAGGUGAAGCCUCGAAAGCAAGAGAUCGCUCAGGAGGUGGAGAGUAAGAUAAAAUUGGCCAGCACAAAGCGCAUCAAGCAUGAACACAUGAAGAGCAAGAAGGAGCGAGAGGAGGCACCAAAGCCCCAGGACCCGGCAGAGGGUUCAUCGGCCAAAGAGAAGAAUCAGGAAUGCUCAUUGCAGAAAAGCUUAUUGGACCUGACUGCGGCAGAAGCCAUGAAACUCUCUGCCGAAGGGUCCCCUCCGGUGGCCCCCAGAGUGGCCUUCUUGGAAGAGGACGAGCCUCUGGCCGACGCAUCUCUGGUCUCCCCUGAAGCCAUGACCAGAAGCCCACCUCUGGAGGAGCUGCAGGAGGAGCCCAAGCAGGAACUACGCGGGGUGUCGUGUUUUGCAGAUGGCCUCGAGGAAGAGGAGGAGGCCCAGGCAAUCCCCUUCAGCAGCUUCCCCAGCCUCCAGCUGCCCCUCCCAAGUCAGAACGAGAUGGAAGAUGAUAAAAUCCCAGAGAUGGCGGACUACAUUGCCAACUGCACGGUGAAAGUGGAUCAGUUGGGCAGCGAGGACAUCCACAGUGCCCUGAAGCAGAGCCCCAAAGUGAUGGUGGUGCAGAACUUCGACAUGUUCAAGGAGAAGGACCUCCCAAGUCCCUUCAAUGGGGAUCCCGGGUUUGGCUCCACCCCGUUACUCUACUCCAAGGGCAACCCAGGCAUCAUGUCCCCUCUGGCAAAAAAGAAGCUCCUCUCCCAGGUGAGCGGGGCAGCCCUUUCCUGUGGCAACUACCCGUAUGGCUCCCCACCACCACUGAUCAGCAAGAAGAAGUUCAGCAGCAAGGACGAUCUCUUGUCCGGCAGGCCAGGACUGCUGUCUCCCAGGCACUCAAUGGACAGUGCAGCGGUCAGCAGGCCAUCGGUCAUCCAACACGUGCAGAGUUUUAAACCCAAGACUGUGGAGGACAGGAGGCCUAGUCACGAUGCCUACCGACAUGACUCCCUGCUCAAGAAACCAGACUCCGAAUGUUGUGAUUUUUCUAAGCAGCAUUUGAGUGCCCUAGCAGAAUCCUACGCACUGAAGUCAGAAAUCCAGGAUAUGAAGGAGCGAAUGAACGAGAGGAGGGCCCUGCACCACUCGCAUGUGCCAGGCUUCUUGGCAGACUUUUACGCCUCCCCUCCCCUCCACAGCCUCUAUAGGCGUGCCGAGCACCUGGGGAGCCAGCCGUGCUCCAAGUACUUCCCCCGAGAUGUGUACGGGGAAAAUGCUGCUGGGUUCCCUCCCCAUAAGCUCCAGGACAGGCGACUACUCAGCUACCACCCGCCUUUGCACCAGCCGGAGAACAAGACCUCCCGGGAAACCCCCUUGGAUGAUCAGCCCACAGAUCUGAGUCUUCCCAAAGGGGGCCACAAACAGACCACUAAAACCUUGGGAGCCCCUCUCUUACGGGGUUCACCCGGGGGUGUAGAGGAGGGCAAAAGCGUCGCCCGGUUCCACUCCUUGGCCGGCCAGACUCUAAGUGUGGAUGGCAAUCCAAAGGCUUGUCGGGUCUCCCCAAUGACGGUCUCCGCCCCAAAGAAACAGGGAGAGCCCCUCCUGAGGGCCUGCAAGCUGCCAGCCCCAAGAAAGUUGGACGGGAUGGUACACCCGGUCCUGAGCCACAAAGCCAUGGCUCAGGGCAUCGGGGCAGCUCGCCCUCUGAAGCGCAGCCUGGAGGACCUGGACAAAGGCCUUUUGGAGAAGAAGGUCCGAGCAGUCUCACCCUUGCGCUUACCAAAGGAAGCCCCUUCCAAAGAACAGGACAUGGAGGGCAGCAAGCCAGUGCAUGGCCCACCCCCAGGCGGGGCGCUGGAGGGCCAAAAGUUCCCCCUCUCCAGCCCCAUCUUCACGAGUUUGUACCCAGGGACCCUGUGCGGCGGCCUGGGCAGCCGCAUGCCAGUGGCCAGCUACUCCCACCCCCUGCAGUACUUGAAAAACCAGGCCUCCCUCUCCCCUCUGCAACCCUUUGCGCUCCACUCCUUCAUGGUGCAUAGACAGUUCCUCACCUCCCCAGGCGGCUCUCAGCAGCUUUACAGGCACUUGGCGGCAGCCUCCCCUGUGGGCAGCUCCUACGGGGACCUUUUGCACAACAGCGUUUAUCCUCUGGCGGCUCUGAACCCCCAGCCUGCUUUCCCCCCCUCCCAGCUCUCCUCUGUACACCCGAGCACAAAGUUGUAAAUGCUCCUGAAAGACGCCAUCCCGCAAAUAACAUUCCUUUUAUCCCGCAGUCCUGUCUCGCAAACAAGUAUAUCGAUAUUUGUGAUAACCAAUAAGCGGUUUUGCUCCACCCUGCUGAGCGCUUUGGGUCCGACUGAGACAUGGCUCCGGCUUAAGCUGGGCCUGAGGCCAGAUUGCUGGCUUCCCCCGAGCCUCCUCGCUGGUCCGCCUCCUGCUGCACCAAGGGCUGCGGAGGGUUAGGGUUUCCUGGCAGCCGAGGCUGAGGUGCGCCUGGGCCCCAACUCAGAGGGAGGGCCCUCUCGGCUUGCCCCACCUCCACCCCCCACCGCUGGGCAGCAGCCUUGAAACCUCCCAGAUAAAUCAGGAAGGCAGGAAAUGCCCCCUGGGGAGGUUGCUUCUUUGGGUACCAUUUCAGAGUUCAAAUCAAUGCAAUGUAUAGAAAAACUGUGUCAACGUUCAUCUUAACACUAUCAGAACAGAAAAAGGAAACACAAACUAGACUGUACAUAUCUGCUCCAGAAACAAGAACGACCCGUGUCAAGUUCAUUUGUAUAAUUUAUGUAAGUUCUUAUUUUCCGCGUAUCAUGUGCUGUUUUUUUUAAAAGAAAACAAAAUUAAACAGCUCCUUUUUAUUUGCCACAUUUUUUUUUCCUUUUGUU